ACAAAUCAAGUUAUAAAGAUAAGCAAAAUCCGUCCAAAUCCAAAUGGACCGAUCGCCAUCCCAGUUAAAAAGAAAAAAGGUCAAAAUUUCCAGCACAAUAAUGUGGGAAGCCAUGACAGCACAAUAAUUAGCCAUAUCAUUCAUUCACCCAAGUUUCUUCUUCCUUCCUCUCUCUCCUUCUCCUUUUCUGGGAAGUUGAAGCUUUUGACAAUGGCCGUACGAUCAAGAAAAUGGAUGAUAUUAGUAGCAACCAUAUGGAUACAAGCUUUUACAGGGACCAACUUUGAUUUCUCAUCAUAUUCUUCCACAUUGAAAUCAGUUCUUGGGAUAUCUCAACUGCAGCUUAACUAUUUGUCCGUUGCUUCAGAUAUGGGGAAAGCAUUUGGCUGGUGUUCUGGGGUGUUUUUAAUGUAUUUCCCGUUGUGGGUUGUGAUGUUCAUGGCUGCUUUCUUUGGGUUUUUUGGCUAUUCUCUUCAAUGGCUUGUUAUCAAACAAAUCAUUUCCCUGCCUUAUUUCCUGGUAUUUCUUCUGUGUUUGAUAGCUGGUUGUAGCAUCACUUGGUUCAACACGGUGUGCUUUGUUUUGUGCAUCAGAAAUUUCCCAUCCAACAGGGCACUUGCUUUGUCCCUCACCAUCAGUUUCAAUGGCGUAAGUGCUGCUCUUUACACUCUAAUUGCCAACGCAAUAAACCCCAAGGAUGACACCCUCUAUCUCUUCUUAAAUGCACUAGUGCCUCUUCUUGCAUCCUGCUUAGCUCUCAUCCCAAUCAUCCGCCAACGGCCUUUACAGCUGUCCACCUAUACUAUUAAUCAGGAUCCCUUCAUUUUUAUUGUCCUAAAUGUUUUAGCUGUAAUCACUGGCCUCUAUCUUCUCCUUUUAAAUUCACUUUCAUCCGAAGCAUUAAGGGCACGUACUCUCCUGUUGGGUGCCUUAAUCUUAUUAUUCCUACCUUUGUGUUUACCUGGCAUUGUCUGUGAUAGAAACUGGGGUUUUCGUACUAACUCAUCCUUGGUUGACCUGAGUGACCCUGAACUUCAUACGGAAUUGAUAGAAAAGGAUCAAAGUAAUAGCUUGAAUAUUGAGCCAUUUUCUGCAAUAAACAAAGAAGGGCUUUUUGAGAAAGUAAUGGAGAAAGGCAGGUUAACAAUGCUCGGCGAGGAACACCCUGCUAGAUUGCUAGUGUGCAGGUGGGAUUUCUGGCUAUAUUAUGUGGCUUAUUUCUGUGGAGGGACAAUUGGGCUGGUUUAUAGCAAUAACCUAGGGCAGAUCACACAAUCACUCGGAUACAACUCGAAGAUUAGUGCAGUCGUGACUCUCUACUCCUCUUUCUCGUUCUUUGGUCGUUUGUUUUCAGCUGCCCCAGAUUUCUUGCAUGGCAAGGUGAACUUUGCAAGGACUGGGUGGCUAGCUGUUGCCUUGGUGCCUACACCAAUAGCCUUCUUUUUGCUUGCUGUGUCAGGUAGCGAGGUUGUCUUGCAUGCUAGCACAGCAAUGAUCGGAUUAAGCUCAGGAUUUGUAUUCUCGGCAGCAGUUUCCAUCACAUCAGAGCUAUUUGGGCCUAAUAGUGCGGGUAUCAACCACAAUAUCCUCAUCACCAACAUCCCCAUCGGAUCACUCCUGUACGGUCUCCUUGCAGCUUUAGUAUAUGAUUCUAACGUGACAAGUUCAGUCGACAAAAACGUGUUGCAGGAAGCAAUAGUGUGCAUGGGUAGGGACUGCUAUAUGCAGACAUUCAUUUUCUGGGGAUGCAUUUCCCUGCUAGGCCUCAUCUCAAGUUUUCUGUUAUUCUUAAGAACCAGGCCGGCUUAUGACGACCAUGAAACAAAUCGAAAUCGAACAUAGGUUUUGUGGACUAAAAAAUAAAUUCACUCUCCCUUCUUUGUAUUUUCCUUUCAUAUGAUCUCUUAUUUGUAAUGUGCUCCCGGAAAAUUUGAGAAAAUCAUAGACAACUAAAGAAGUGUCUAACCCCUUCCAGCUAGGCUAGAGCUGUUCAAGGAUCGAACCCGAAUAUGAUUUUGUUCAAUGUGAUUCAGUUUGAUUUGAGUUA